AUGGUACCAGUUCCAGUAUGCUGUCGACCUCUAAUGGAAAACCAACCAUCGAUAAAGGUUUGGUGUGCUACCGCUGUGACAUUGCGGGGAGGAUUAGAUAAAGACGGCAAGUUCAUCACUGGGGAUCCGAUCUAUUUCUCCCCAAGGGCAGCCAUUUUGCCGAAAGGAAAAGAGAGCAGUGAUAAGCUUGAGGAUGAAAUUACGCGUGCACGAGCACUGGAUGCUCGUGAAUGUGAACUUGCCGAGUGGGAAGCAUCCUCUGUUGUGUGGGUGGGCAGUUCCAAUCAGGGAAAAAGCCAUGUUGCAAUUCUCGACGCUAAUAAUCCUAAUAAUGUCAUCGAGACAUUCCUAGCUUGUGAAAGUCAUCUACUUUGCAUCAGGGGCGUACCAGGCAAGUCACUUUCAGUUGGAUUAGGGAUCUCGGAAGGAGAACCAGUUAUCGAUGAGACUGCCGCUAAAGCAUUUUUGUGCGGUGGAGGGAAAGUCAAAGAUUUACCCGAUACAUACGUAGGUAUUGACGGUACCGAUCUGGGUGCCUGUGAAUGGGUAGAACUGCGGAAGAUGGAAGAUUCUGAGGAUGGAGUGCCAACAUACUGUAGCAACGACAUGCGUCCAAGUCCUAAGAGAACCAGAGACUUUAGCGUUAGCGAAACUGAAGCUGGCAAAGGAUCUUCUGAAGCAAAGCCUACUCCAAUGGAAAAGGUAGAAGAGGAGAUUUCGGAGGAUCAAAAAGAGCAAAUAUCACUUGAAACAACCCAGUACUCUGGUCUUAUUUGGCUUGAAAAGACCGAUGAGCAGAAAGGUGGAAUAUGGGUGUUGUAG